GGUAGUUUCAAGUACUUCUAACUUCUGAAACGCACUGUAAUAAAAUGGGACCCAAUAAAUCCAAUGAGGCCAGAUCUAGGGAAGAAGCCGGAGGCAGAAAGAAAGGCACAAGCCAUACCGACCCGCUUUAAAAUCGGCGGUGAAUUGAACUGCUUACUGAAACUUUCUUCUGUGUGUAGGUUUUUGUGUAGGGAGAGAGAGGAGGCCUAGUUUCCAUUAAAGAAAGAGAGAGAGAGAGAAGAGAGAAGAGAGAAGGGAGAAGGGAGAAGGGAGAUACUGUACUUGUGAGAUACAAAACAAGUAAAGGAACAAAGAUACACCAUCUCUCUCUUUGUAUCUGCCAGAAGUGCACCAAGGAAGAGACAUGGCAGAGAAGAGAACAGAGAUUGAGUAAGCUUUUUAUUUGGAUUUAUGUAUAUUUGGCUGUGUAUUAUGUUAUCUUCUCGGCGCUUAACACUUCUGCUGAAGAACUAUUAGUUUAUUAUUGACUACAGUCACCUCUUCAAACUAUCUUGGCCUCAAAGAAACUUGGUCUUCUUCAGCUCUUUUGUCCUGGAAGCUGAUGAAAGAGUUGCCUGUAACUGCAUCAAGUGCCACUUUAACCCGAAGGCUUUGCUGCUUGGGAUUUUGCAUCCAAAACGAGUCAAUAUGGAAUUAGAUUCCCUGCUCUCUAAUAGUGGUUGCUAAUGAUGCAUUUUAAUUAACCUUUUCCGCUAAGUAGAAUCUUCAUUUUGAACACUUGUUCUUGCAUUGAAGAGCCAGUUUGAGUUGAAUUACUUCAUCUAUGUUUGGAGGUCUAAAACGGUUGUACACCUGAGGUCUAAAGUGGUUGCUAAUGAUUGCUAGAUCCUCGCUUGAGCUUCAAAACUGGGUUUUUGUCACAGUCUAGAUAUGGGAAGUUUGGCACUUGAUAGUGAGAGUGUAGACCUAGAUAUAUACCACAAUUUGGGACUGAAAGAAUUGGGCAAACGAGUCGAGGGAAGUCCGAAAAUUUUAUCGCUUAUUGCUAGGAUUCUGGAGAGAUCUGUUCAAAAAAAUGAAUUGCUUCUGGAAACAAUGCAGAUUGAAGAUAACAUUACAGUUUUCCAUGGGUUAAGAGCACCAAGUAUAACUAUUCAACAAUAUAUCGAUCGCAUCUUCAAGUAUGCUAGCUGCAGCCCCUCCUGCUUUGUUGUUGCACAAAUUUAUGUGGAUAAGUUCCUUCAGCAAACUGAAGUUCGUUUAACUUCUCUUAACGUUCACCGGCUUCUUAUAACAAGUGUAAUGGUAGCAGCAAAAUUUAUUGAUGAUGCAUUUUACAAUAAUGCAUACUAUGCCAGAGUGGGAGGAGUAAGCACAGCAGAAUUGAACAGGAUGGAAAUGAAGUUUCUGUUUAGCCUAGAUUUCAGACUUCAAGUGAAUGUGAAGACAUUCCAUAAGUUUUGUUCCCAGUUGGAAAAAGAAGCCACAGAAGGUCUCCAAAUUGAACGGCCAAUUCAAGCCUGUAAAGUCGAGGAGAAGUGGUCAAAUACAGGCGAUUCAGCAUGUGUUCCCGCGAGUGCAAGAUGAAAACAGCAAAUCAUCUCAUUAUCAUUCGAGUUAUGUAUGUUGUUGAUUAUAGUCCAUAGAUGCCCUUGUUGAUUCUGGACUUGGUGAUUGAUUAUUACACUGGCAGCAUGUUCACUUACUCUGCUUGAUUUUGUUUGAUAUUAUUACUCAAUAUGAGUUGCUC